UGGUGGGGGGAGGGAUUGGGGGAGAAGAAGGAGAAGGAGACAGCGACGAAACGCAGACCUCAGACCAGCCCACCUCAACUCGGUAUCCUCCUGUUCUCAACCCGGUGUCCGUGGACAAAUCUGACUGCGGAUCAGCGCACUCGGGCUCCCUCCACACUACGAGUUCCACCAACUGGGACUCAGACCAGAGGAAAUCGUGUUCGUCGGCAGCCAGGUCCGCACGCCAAGACACAUCCAUAGCAGACCACGGCGAGGGAACGGACGGUGUGAUAAGACGGGACUGAAACCGAGGGGACGGCUGGUAGGAACAAGUGAGGGGUUGAAUGCAAAAACACGUUUAGCGGCGAGAGCACAGGACUGGCUGGCACGCCACAAGGAGAAGUAAUACGUGUAGCUAAUUCCCAACAUUUUCUAUUAUUGGCAGCGAGAGUGUGCUCUCCGAGCCACAUUUAUAAAGAGAGCUAGCGGAAUGUAAUGCUAGCAAGCUAGCUAAUGUUAGCUAGCUAAUUAGCUUGUCAGGCAUCCAAGAGUCGGACGUGUGAUCUUUAUCAAAAUAGGUCACUGUUUGGCGUGGCUUUACUUUUUAGGAAAAAAAGCUGUACUAAAUGUGCUUUGUCCGGAAUUCUGGCAUGGUCAUAAUGGUCUGUCUCGAAUAGCUAACGCUAAGUUAGACAAUAAACAGUGUGGGCUGUCUGUAUUGAUGAAAAUCUGUUCAAUAUUAUCCGUCUACGCGUCUUGGGAAAAGCCACAUCCAUUGUGAACAUCGAGCUGUGGACAAACCAAGAGGGAAAAGGCAAAGGUAAAAAAGAAACGACUUUUGACUGGGGACUGUCUGCCGUCCAAUGUUAAUGUCGACCGACGUUGCAUCUAUAAUGCUACCCGUUAGUCGGGGAAUAAUGGACCGGGAAAGAGACAUUGAUCCAGCAGCCGGACCCCAUGCCAACGCGGCCGGGGGUCCAGCAGCUGUCCGGGGGAUGAAGCGAGGAGACCCGGAGCCCGACGCUCAGACAGCCGCUGCCCUGACUGACUUAGCCGGGGCGGAGUGCAAAAGACCAAGGAUAGACGGGACCGGGAGUGUUGUCGGUGACAUUGGACAGAACAAUGAGCCUUUAAACCCUGGUUUCCAUGGAUACCCACCUCACAGUCAGGGCUCUCAGGAUUCGACAGGAGGACAGGAGGGCCUGGUGGCCCCACCCUUUACAGCAUUCCCCCCUCCACCCCCGCCUCAAAACGGGCUCCCGGGGACAGAGUUUGGCCCCGGGGCCAUGUUUGGUGCUGGGGGCCAAGGAACAGCAGAGGUAGGGGCUGGCGCUAAUGGAGCCACUCCUACUACCACCACCAACAACAACAAUGGAAAGACAGACGAGACAUCCCAGGGGGAGGCGGGUGUACAGUGCGGUACAGGAGGCACAGGAGCGGGGGGCUCGGCAGGAGACUCCACAGAGGCCAAAGGCACCCCCAAACGCCUCCACGUCUCAAACAUUCCCUUCCGCUUCCGGGACCCAGAUCUCAGGCAGAUGUUCGGGCAAUUUGGCAAGAUUCUGGAUGUAGAGAUUAUUUUCAAUGAGAGGGGUUCAAAGGGUUUUGGCUUUGUGACAUUUGAGAACAGCGCAGAUGCAGAGAAAGCCCGGGAAAAGCUCCACGGCACGUUGGUGGAAGGUCGUAAGAUUGAGGUGAAUAACGCCACCGCCAGGGUGAUGACUAACAAGAAAAUGGUCAGCCCUUACCCUAACGGAGAGGCUCUCAGCACGCUGCCUUAUGCGGGGUGGAAAUUGAGUCCUAUGGUGGGGGCCGUGUACGGACCGGAGCUCUACGCAGUCCCAGGGUUUCCCUACCCUUCAGCAGCUGCAGCAGCCACAACAGCAGCAGCAGCGUUUCGCGGUGCCCACCUCAGGGGCCGAGGUCGGCCAGUCUACAGCGCUGUGCGGGCUGCUGUGCCUCAGCCUGCCAUCCCUGCCUACCCUGGCGUGGUGUAUCAGGAUGGGUUUUACGGAGCUGCCGACUUAUAUGGAGGCUACCUGCUGCUGCUGCCGCCGCCUGCCUAUCGCUACGCCCAGCCCGCAGCCGUAACCGGAGCAACCGCCGCAGCUGCCGCCUACAGUGACAGUUAUGGCCGGGUGUACACUACAGAUCCAUACCACGCUUUAGCUCCAGCUGCUGCUGCUUACGGAGUGGGAGCCAUGGCCAGUUUAUAUCGGGCAGGAUACAGUAGGUUUGCUCCUUACUAAAACCACAAAUCACACCCAAGAAAUUUCACAUCGCUCCAAAACACUUUUUCAAGCUCUUUGUUUGGCAGGAGCUCCCCUCCAGUUUUCUGCAGGCGGACUAUAGUGACAACUCAUGUGUUUUUUGUUUUUUUUUUUUCCCCUGUGUUUUUUGUUUUUUAUUCUUGUGGCGAGAGAGGUCAUUGCCACAUCAUCGACUCAAACUCUGUUUCUGUACUCUUCUCUCUGUCGCUGACAUGGAAACAAUGGAAAAAAAAAACUACCAGGAGCGUCUCCCACAUAAAAAAAGCUGGAGCCUACUACUUUGAUCUACGUGGCACAAUUUAGGCUGGUUUUUAGAAACACUACGGGACCUAGAAGGAGAGAGACUGCUGUUCCUCUGUGAUCCUGAACACUACAAACCUUUUUUUUCCUAAGAGUCUCUGAACUUACAGUAUAUCCACUGCCCUGUAAGACCUGAUCAGACCUAUAUACACAUUCAACACCAAGUAUACGGUUUCCUCUAGUUUACAUUUUCCUUUAGUGUUGACCUGCACAGAAUGAUAGAACUGCCACAGCACAGCGUUACAAAAAAAAGGUACUUAUGUUUUUAAACACUACAUUGAUGUAAAGCUGCCCUCUCACAGCAGAGACGUCCCUCUGGUUUAACAUUGUGGUACAAUAACAAAAAAAAAAAAACAAAGAAUCAAACUCUCGACUGCUCGAGACAGAAAACAUAGGAAUUAUUCUUGUUAUGUUGUAAAGCUGGAAUACUGAACAUUCAGCUGGAGGGAACUUGGGAGCAUCUGACUGACAGAAACCACUGUUGUCCUGGCAACAACAAACUAUGAACACCACCACAUGGGAAAAAGUCUCUUGUUUUUUGUCAUUUUCCAACAUUUCCCAGCCUCCCCCAAGUGCAAAAGGAAACAGAAAAAAGCAAAAACUAAUGUUUAAAAAAAGGUGUGAAAAUGACCAGGAAAAAAAGUGGCUUUGUUUUUUCUGCAUUACCUCAGUUUUGCUGUCAUCGAUUCUGUUUUGCUGCCAUUGAUUAAUUAUAUAUAUAUAUAUAUAUAUAUAUAUAUAUAUAUAUAUAUAUAUAUACAUAUAUAUAUAUAUAUAUAUAAACUGUCCAUUAUUUUUGGUGACCGAGCCAUUACCUUGUCCUUACUGCUGGUCCACGCAUAUUCCAUUUAUUACUAUAAGUGCAACACUAAGAUGGGAUGUUGAAUCACUUUCUAGCCUCUUUCAGCUGAGAACUGACCCUGUAUGUACUGUAUGUCCAUUUUGAGAAUUCAGUGCACUUCCCCUCAAAGGCUCAACCUUGAUCUGCCCCUAGUGCUUCUUCCAAAAAAGGACUCGGUACAUUUCUACUUUCUACGUCCUAAACCGUCAAACAUUCCAGCUGUAGCAGCGACGCAGUAAAUGAACUUGGUCAGAUGGACAAAGAACCGUCAGAAACACAAAUGAACUAGAUUUAGCAAAGCAGUUUUGAAGCGGGAACACCCACAUGGGAAACUAAUCAUCUGCCAGUCAGCCAAAUGGGAAUCCCUCCUGGCCAAUUGAGAUAUUUAUGCCUACAGGCUUUCAGGCAGAGCUGCUCUGUGUGUGGAAAUGGUGUCUGAUCUCAACUCAGCAGAACAGUAGAUCCCAACAGAACAGCCCAGAUUAGAAUACAGCAAAGCCUGUUGAAGCAAAAGACACUGCAGUCAUGUAAUGGAGUCUUGAAGUAAUGAGAGUUUUGUAUUUAUAUUCAUUGAUUUCACUAGUUGUCCACAUCAUUUUGUAAUUUUAAAUCCUUCAUCAUGCUCUCUGGGAGUGAAUAGUUUUAAAGUUCUCUUUACCAGUCUUUCUGAAGGCAUCAUAAAAGGACUGGCAAGCAGACAGUUUAUAGACCAGGUCUCUGUCCUAUGUAUUACAUCUCCAUUAUACUCUCACUAUGUUGUUAUUGCUAUUAUUUGCCUUUUUUGGUUCCAAAGAUUUUACUGAAGAAAGCACAUUUUUGGUCCUGAUGUAUUUCUUAUUUUUGUGGCUGAUUUUUUAUUUUUUAUUUUUGCCUUAUAAUUUCUGUCACAUUGUUUAUCUGUGGGUUGAGGCUGCAUUUUUCAGCACAGUGUUGAAACAGCACCCGGGGAAAUGUCAUUGAAGCUCUAAAAAGACAGAGAACGCACGUUUGAAACGUUGCAGCAAUUUGGGAAUUCUGAAAUUUGAUUUGCUCUACACAGUAAUUUAUUGUCUCUCUCUUUUUUUUCUUCUUCCCAAUUUUAAUUAAUACACAAACAUGCUGAGAUGCAGAGGUGUUUGCUGCAGACAAGGGAAAUCAGAGCAGAUGGAGCAAUGAGGGAUACGCAGAGAGACGGAGGUAAACACGAGAGGAUGUUUUGAAUUGCAUUUGCCAGCAGGGCCAAAUUACAGGCAAAGUAAAUGGGGAGGGGGGCGGCGGGGAGAGAAACGUCCACACAAUGUCGAAAGGGCCCCGCAGCCCAGCAGUGGCCACCUUUUGAACAGUGAAACAAUGUGUGGGCGGUUAGUCAAGGGACAUUGUGGCAGUGAUGGUGAAGGUGAGAAGCUGAGCCAUUAAUCAUUAGCUGACAGGAUAACAACAUCCCCCGCUGUCUUUUUUUUUUUUUUUUUUUUUUUUGGUCAGGGGGAUACAGUGCGCUCAGGGUGGAGCGGACAGUGUGAGGAGGGGUAAUGUUGUUUUGUAUGAUUGUGAAAACUGUGUGCAGUAGGUCCAAUGAGUAUUUUCGACGCGCAUUACCUCUUUUUUUGUCUUAUUAUCCCUUACAAGUAUUAUCCUAAGUGUUGCUAUGCAUGCUUUUGUGAGAGAGGAAGGGUGUCAGUCAGAGUCUUUUCAUUUGUGCAUGAAUUCAAAUCAUAGUGCUGGAGGAGGAAGAUGAGGAGGAGAAGAGAGGAGGAGGAUGGGGUGUUCACAUAGCGGGAGGGAAGAAAGAACUCGGGAUUGUUAUGUAACGCAAGGUGACAGGAGUGACGGAGGAAUCUCAAUAAAGGUCCAGUACAGAGUGUCUGGGCGGGGAGGGGGGAGAGAGGCAAAUGGCCCCGCAGUCGCUUUAUGGAAGCCGAUCCAGUCCGCUUCAGUAAUCUGGGUUAUCUCUGCUCUGCGCCUCUGUGGUCGUCGUGGUAAUCACCAGUCAUAUCAGAUGUGUAAAGUUUAAUUUGGUAUGUCUGGACCCCCUGUGGGUUGCUUUUAUAAUGAAAGUAAAUCUCCAAAAUUCCAACAAUAACGACAUCGGCCCUUCAAGUGAUAACUCUGCCUUAAGCCCAACUGUUAAAACAGAGAGAUGAGGCUGGUACAGAGUAUUAUUGUGAAGCUGCCCACAGAGAUGCUCAUUUAGCAACAUCUCCACUUCACUCGUGUGAGUUGGCAGGAGCUGGUGUCGGGGUGGUGUAAUCGUUAUGGAGUGGAGCAGUGGCCGCGGCGCAGCUGCAGCGACUCCUGUGGGUUCGCCUUCGCUCGUUUUCGUCUCUUCUAAUUGGAGUAAAUCUUAUUUUGCGAGGCUGCACAGUAACCGCAGAGGUGUGCUGGAACGACACAGAGGCAGAACUUUACCCGCGGCCUCUGACCGCAGACUCCCUGCACUGUGCUCAAGUCAACCCGGUGGGAGUUUUUGUACAGGGAUUUAAUAAAUGGGUUUGAAUUGCAUGUGGAGAUUUUUUUUAAUGUCACAUGCUCUUAAAAGCUCAUUUAUCCAAGUGAUUUUUUUUCAAUAAGUGACAUGUAUUUUCUCACAAUUUUUAAUUUGCCAUCCUUGUGUCUGCCUUCUGUUUAUUCUCUUCAUUAUUAUUGAAUGUAUAUAAUAAAUAAACUGUUUGGUUUUUA